ACAUCACAUGUAAUAAAAUAAAAUAAAGCUAUAUUUUAUAUAUAUAAGAUAUAUCAGAUGUGUUUGGCAAGUAAACCAUCUUGCACAUUAAGCUAAAAGUUGCUCUAAACUGCACAUCAAGUUUAAUCAAAUAAAAAAACAUUACAUAAACCUAAACCGAUACAACAAAUGUGUUGUUCAAAUUAUGCAUGUAGCCCAUCUGUCUCCAAAAACGCGCCUUGUGUGUGUAAAUAAAAUAAAAUAAAAUACAUGCAUUCACAAAAAUGCUCAUGAAGAGUUAUGAAAUCACGUGCAACAAAUGUGCUCGUCUGCAAUUACAUUAACGCCAUUUCUCGACGCUCUCCGAACGAAACGAGGCAGAUUACGAGAAAUUCCGCUAUGACGAGACCGUUGCAUUGGAAUGACAUCAUCACACACGAGCACAAUGCUGCUGAUGGCACGGGCGAGUUUGCAGACAGGAACGAGUCCGUUUGAACAGAAGGAUGGUGUGCGUCUGUCCCUGCCGCUCGCGCAAGCGUGUCUUUUGUGAUGCAAACGAGAGGAGCCUCUUUUAUGAAUUAUGUAUGCGCGCAAUGAGUGAUUAAUACGUCCCGCAUUCAACUGUCGCACAUGCCCCGAGCCCGCGGGCGUCUGAUUUAUACAUUUAAUUAGUCGCGAGACAAAUUACGCAUGCAACUUGCGAGCCUUUUUGCAGCACGAAGCGAUUUAGGGACGUUCAGGUUAAAACUGCGCCGCUCUGCGCGCUUGAGCAUUAAAAACGGAACUUCUUUGUUGCCAUUUACCCCUUUUAAUUUGAAAUUCUGAUGCUCUAAGAGUGAAGGAGCCCCUAAAGGAUGCUGACAAAGACAGGGCACGUGUGCAUUGACGGGAAGCAUCAAAGCGUGAAAAGAGGAGGAACCAGCGUGUGCCUAAAGCAUCCUAAUAUAAUAAACCUCAGGUACAUCUGCCCGAGCAAUCUGCGGACCCUCCCAUCUCCAAAUCCAUAGGGAUUCCAGCUCCAUCUGAUUGGACGAGGCAGCGAGGGGCGAGAACAAUGUCAUCAUUCCUGCUUAAAAAGACUGCUGCUAUGCCUCCGUGAUGGAAAGAUCGCCGCACGCGUCCAAAUUUAGUACCAGGUGUGCCUCUGAUUUCAACCCGUCUGAAGUGCCUUUCAGCUGGCGAAGAUGCCGAGGGGAUUUUUAGUCAAGAGAAAUAAGAAAGCGACACCUGUUUCGUACCGCAUCCGCUCGGAGGAGGAUGAGCAGGGCGCGUUUCCAGGCGCGCAGCAGGACGCGGCGAGCGCGCACCGCCCGGCGUCGCCGCGCACGGACUCGGCGCAGCCGGUGCAAUUUGGCAACCCAGAGAUCGUCUACCGAUCCAUGUACAGCCCGACCCGACCCGUGAGCAGGGAGCACGAGAGGGCGUGUUUGGAAAGGCGCUUCAAUCUCGGCUCGCCCAUUUCGGCGGAGUCCUUCCCGGCGGCGCCCAGCGGCUCCGAUCAUGCGCCGUUCGCGCCCGUGGAUCUUAAAAUCGGCACCAGCAACAGCACGCGAACCGGCACCACAUUGACCACCAAACGGCCCGCGCCAGACGCGGAGCGCAAAGGCAAACCAGCAUCCAAGAAAGCCAAAGCCAUGCGGAAAUUGCAGUUCGAGGACGAAGUCACCACUUCCCCGGUGCUGGGACUGAAGAUCAAAGAAGGUCCGGUGGAGCAAAAACCCAGAUCUCAGUGCGCAGGCGGCGACAAGCCGCUAGGCGAGUUCGUGUGUCAGCUGUGCAGAGAAGCCUACGCCGAUCCCUUCUCUCUAGCACAACACAAAUGCUCGAGAAUCGUCCGGAUCGAGUACAGAUGCCCAGAGUGCGACAAGCUCUUCAGCUGCCCGGCGAACCUGGCCUCGCACCGGCGGUGGCACAAACCCAAAACGGCGCCGCAGAACCCGGAGAGCACCAAAACCCCCGCGCCCGAGAAAGAGGAGACCUCCAGCGACAGAGACACUCCGAGUCCUGGACUCUCCGAAUCCGGCUCCGAAGACGGGCUCUACGACUGCCAGCAUUGCGGGAAGAGGUUCAAGCGUCAGGCGUACCUGAAGAAGCACGUGAUGGCGCACCACGACGCGUGCGACAAAUCCCAAAGCCAAGCGCCGCUGAACCUGAGCGCGUCUGAGUGCCACCUGUGCCCGGUGUGCGGAGAAAACUUCCCCAGCAGAGUGAGCCAGGAGCGGCACAUCCGUCUGCAGCACUCGGCGCAGAUCUACCCCUGCAAAUACUGCCCCGCCAUGUUCUACAGCUCGCCGGGACUCACGAGACACAUCAACAAAUGCCACCCGUCGGAAAACAGGCAGGUGAUCCUGCUUCAGAUGCCAGUGCGUCCAGCCUGCUGAGGCAAAGCUGUGCCUUAAACCAGUGCUUCCCUACCCAGCUCUCGGAUCUCGCGGAAUCGGGUCGGGAAGCGCUGCAUUAACCCACAGAAACGACCUGGAUGAGCACCAGAUGAGACUCUUUUCAAAUCUAAGGUAGUUGAUCUACAACAGGUUAGACUGUUCGCUUAUUUUUCUAGGAUCUCCGCACAAGUGCUUUUAGCUUUUAGACCUAAGAAAUCCUAGAACAUGCCUUGAAUUCACAGGCUGUACAUACGUUUCCAUCGUCUCUAGCUUUAAUAGAGCUUGUGAAUCUGUGGACUUUGACUGUAGCUUUCCAAACAACCUACUGACAAGGGUUUCUCCCUUUAGCGUAGCCAGAAAUGCCUUGAAUUAGAUCUUGACAUGCUGUAAAACUGCCUUAAUCAUGUAAAUGUCGGAGUGAUUGCGGUUGCUGAUAAUACUUUUUAUAUUGUUGUUAUUAUUAUUAUGAUUAUUAUUGUGUGUGUGUGUGUGUGUGUGUGUAUAUGUUUGUGAUUAUUUAUCUAUUAUUAUUUAUUUAUUUCAAAUGUUUUAUUUAAAUUAUUUGUUUGCCUAAUUCAUUUGUGAUUGAUUUGAAUUUUGUCUCGACAGCCAAAUGUUUCAUUUAUUGAUCUAAAGAUCGAUCUUUGUCAAUGCUGAAAGUCUGAAAUUCACUUUGCAUUAGAUACAAUCGUUUAUUAAUUUAUUUUUAUUUUCUACAUGUUCAGCGCUUGUGUGUUUCUGCAGUCCUGCUAUUUGUCCAAAAAUACUUAAUAACAAUAAUAAACAGUCCAAAAAGUCAAAUUGGGAUCCACUCCUGAUGUGACAUUCCAGCAAUCUGUUGUCAUGUGGAAACCCAGACACUGUGAACAGAGAAAUUCAUCAUCGUCAUCAUCUUCAAUGAAAUCUGUCCAACUGGAUUCUGUACCAAGAUACGUCUGCACUUAAUAAAACACA